GUGACAUACUCCCGCCUCGAGAUUAUCAUGAACUUUGGCUCAGGUUCCUCAGUGGAAGUGGGGAAAUGUCUCCGCACUAAACUACUUGGACAAACUGUAUUUUUCUUCAAAUCCGAUGUUUUGUAUUCUGACUAGAAAUGCUCAACAAUCGAUACGCUUUGAUUUCAAAUGUACGUCAACAACGACCAAAGUCAGUACAGUACCAUGGAUGAGGGCAGCUCGACUGGGCAGGAUGCCACCACUGACGCCCACCGCGGCCGAGAGUCAUGCAGACAAGGACCCGUUGUGGCGCGAUUCUCCCGGUAUGGCACGUCGCUCAUGCCCGGUGCUCCACAGCGGCGGUCGCGACUGCUGCAGAGGCGACAAGACGACUCUGACGCCGACACACCUGGCCAGCGGAAAAAAUCCACCAAAGAGUUGUCUCAAGGCGGGUUGGGGUGGGCUCUGUACCCCAUGGAGCACGCGUGGAUGCUGUCAGCCGUGGAGGGGAAUUGCGACACCUUACUGGAGUUCGUGUCCGAGGAGCCGUUGCUCCUCAGCAGGCGCGACUUCAUCAGCGGCUACUCGGCGCUCCACUGGUUGGCCAAGAGCGGCCGGGACGAGACCCUACUCAAGCUGGUCCACCAGGCCGAGAGGGCCGGAGGACGGCCAGUGAGCGUGGACGUGCGGGGGAGCGGUGGCCUCACCCCGCUGCACGUCGCCAGCAUGCACGGCCACUACGCGGUCGUCAAGCUCCUCGUGGGCGCGUUCGGUGCAGACGUGGACGUCAUGGACUACGGCGGCAGGCGGGCCUGGCAGUACCUACGCUCAGACGCCCCCCAGGAGAUAAAGGAGCUGCUCGGGACAUGGGAUGACGAACACUGUCGUAGGGGGGAGCCGAACGCCAAUAAGAAUUGUAACAACAGCAGCGCCGAUGUGAGGGCGACGCCGGGUGAAGAAGACGCGGAAGCUUUGACGGACGAGAUAGACUCGUUUGACCACAGCAGGAGAGAAGGCAGCUGGAGGUUUGGUUCCUUAAGAAGGUUCUUCUCCUUUCGUGCCAAUAGACGUUGAUAUUUUCUAUCACCACUGUGCAUUCCUUCCCUUGUAAGUGCUUUGGACCAUUGCAUAUUCUAAUCACAAUAUUUGACAUGCUAUUAGCACAACACUCCUGUGAUUAUAGCUUGUUUUUCCAUUUUGCAUGCCAGAUUUAUAUUUGGCAGAGACAAGAAAACAUGCGCAACAAAUACAAGCAUUGGAAAAACCUCAAGACUGCUUUUCAUUUGCCGUUUUGCUUUACGCCCCUUGGAGCACUAAGGAAUGUAAAAUUUUCCUCACGCUAAGUGACAUUCUGAGCUGAAUAAACUAAAAGUACAGUGAAAAUUA